UACGGUAGAGCAAACAAACAAAUUCAAAACACGCGCCUGUGACUUGACCCACAAUCCUUAGCUAGCCAAACAAAGAUGGCGUCUAAGUUGCAAAUCGGCGAUCUUGUGUGGGCUAAGAUGAAGAGCUUUCCUGCAUGGCCGGGAAAGAUUAUAGAGGCAAAGCCAGAGAUAAAAAAGCCUAAAAAAGAUAAGCUCCACCAUUGCAUUUACUUCUUUGGUUCUGAAAACUAUGCCUGGUUGCCACAUGAACAAGUGCAUGCCUACAUCGGGAACAAAGAAAAGUUUUUGCUGCGAUCACGUGUGCCAAAAGGCUUUAAGGAAGCUAUUGAUGCAAUAGAGGAUGCUAUAAAGGAAAUGCCAGAAGAGGACCGCCUUAAAGCUGAAGACCUUCCCUCCAUUGAUGAAGAGCUGGCCCAGAUUUUCUCAGACUCCGCCUCUGCAGAUGAACAAUCCAUAAAGUUAAACAACAGUAUAGACAGCCCACCAUCAGAUAAAACAGAUAAACCAAAGAAGAAAAAACGACCUAGAGAAAGUGCAGGCAAUGGAGACGAGGGAAAUGAAGUAUCACCAAAAAAGACACCAAAAGUAAAUAAAAAUAAAGCAACAUCUGCAGGCGACUCCACCGGUAAAAAGAAGAUCAAACCAGUCAAAUCAUUAACACCAUCAGAAAAGAUUUUAAAGCGUGCAAAAAAGACAGUAGGUUCCUCCCCAUCAUCUAACAUCUUCUCUGCUCUAUCACCAAAGAAAUCCUUCUCCCCAAAGAUCAAAGACAGAAAAAUACCAGAGCUCAAGGUAGAAAGUGACCUUGGCUAUGACCCUAAUUUAGGAGCACCAGGUCAACCUCUGUCUACAGCCUCAGGGACACAAUUGGAGGACGAAGAGAUCUCAAAGAACGCAGUUAAAUCUGUAAUCCCUACUCCAAUGCGGAUAGGAUUUCUCGGGCUGGGCAUUAUGGGACAGGGUAUGGUGAUGAACUUGUUGAGAUCAGGGCAUGAGGUCACUGUGUGGAACAGAACAGCACAAAAGUGCCGAGACUUUGUAAAAGCAGGUGCUUUAAAGGGUAGUUCCCCGUGUGAGGUUGUUCAACAGUGUGAUAUCACAUUUUGUUGUGUUGCAGACACUACUGCUGUAAAAGAUAUAGUGUUUGGUAGUCAGGGAGUAUUGCGGGGUAUAGCCUCAGGUAAAUGUUUUGUAGAAAUGUCAACGAUAGACGAGGAAACUGUACAGGAUGUGGCAGAGGCAAUACAGGCACGAGGGGGUGUGUAUUUGGAAGCACCAGUUGUUGGCAGCAGGGUACCAGCUCUAGAAGGGCAGCUCACUAUACUGGCAUCCGGCGAUAGGAAACUAUUUGAUGACUGUUUCUCAUGUUUUGAGGCCAUAGGCAAAAAAUCAUUAUACUUGGGAUCUGAUCCUGGGGCAGCUACCAGAAUGAAGCUGAUUAUAAACAUGGUGAUGGGUUCUGUUGUAGCCAGUUUAUCUGAAGGUAUGGCCAUGGCUGAAAAGGUUGGCCUUGACCUUGAAGAUGUGGCAGAGGUCCUAAGUCUCGGCUCAUUAUGUUGUCCAACCAUAGUACAUAAAAGUCAAGCAAUAUUAAACCAGAAAUAUGACCCACAUUUUCCAUUACAACAUCAGCAGAAAGAUCUCAGAUUAGCGUUACAGUUAGGAGACAAAGUCGAGCAACCACUAUAUAUUGCUGCAGCAGCCAACGAGUUAUAUAAGAAGGCAAGACGGUUAGGAUAUGGAGAGAGUGACAUUUCAGCCGUGUUCAGGGCAGCUAGUAACUGAGUAGUGACAAUAUACUGUUUAUGGUGAAAAUAACUUUACAAGUUUUAAAAUAGUUGGAAAGUGUCUGUAGAUGGUUUUAAAAUGAGUUGCAGAACGAACGUACAGACUCCAGUAUGAGAUCGGAUAAAGAAAAGGUUUAAAUCAGGGUUCAUAUAAAAACAAAAAACGAAAUAAAACUGCUAGUACGAAGAAGGCCAAUGGGUGACAUCUACGGCUGGCCAGUUGUGGUUUUUCUGUACUUGACAGAUUUGUUUCACUGUUGAAUAGUGGAAUAAAAACUUGUAUUCAACUGUGGCAUGUAUGAUUUUGGUCUCAAACGAUCUUCUAAUGUAGGAAGUCAUCUUGAAAGCUCAUAGAGAUGUACAGAUGAAGUAUUUGCAGUAAUUUAGGAGUACCUUGCAUGUUGAACAAAUUCUUGUGACUGGAACUUUUUGAAGUCUAGCAUUUAUACAUUUAAUCACACAUUAUGAGUGAUGUGGGAUUUUGAAUGCAAUACAUCUCUUGUUAAUUAAUCUCUGUGGUCAUUAUUAUUGUAUGGAAAACACAAUGGUUUAAUGAACAAUUGUAUGAAUAAUGUUGCCAACAUUUUUUGUUCUGAGGAAUACUUGCUUAUUGUUUAAGAAUAUAGAACAAAAAGAAAAUUAUGGCCACAAUUAUAUAAAAAAAUUUGAAGCAUGUUUGCCUUUUAUGAAGAAUAUUAAGGAAUGAAAUUCAGUGAAAUUUUAUUUUAGAUUAAGAAAUUUUAAGUUUAUAUUUGUUAAGCAUUAAAAUACAGAAUUGUUUAGACUAUUUUUAGUAGGAUACAAGUCCUUUAUUUUAGUGAUAAAUCUUAAUGUCAAAAAAAACGCUCUAUAAAAAAACUUUUGUACUUAAAGACGUUUUUUGUAUUUAAAGUUACCAUUUGUAAUGUAUGUGAAAGACCCCUAGUGAUAUUUAAUGAGAUAUGAUAUGAGUCUCUGUAAAGCAUACGACUGGUGUGUAUACAAACCUUGAAAAACCAUUGACACAUAUGUAUGUUCCCUCAUUUUUAAUGUUUCAAUGUGCACUAAAAUCUAUUACUUACAAAGGUAAAGUUGAUGGUGCAACAUAAACCCC